UUGGAGACCACUGCUCUAGAGAAUGAGAUGACACAUUAUAGCAGGAAAGGGGGAGAAGCUAUAUUAUGGGUGGGCAUAUGAGGAGUCUGCAUUAGAUGAUAAGCUAAAGCUGGGAAGGAGGAGGAGCUGGACUUCAAUGGAGAACUGAAAGAGGAAGAGGAGAAGGAGGAGAGUAUAAGGGAGGACACCACAGAGGAAGUGUGACCAUAAGUGAUCCUCCCUACAUCAGGCGGCACAACUUAUUUCUAGAAGAGCACAGACUGCAGCUGCAAGGGACUCCGUGAUGAGUGUCUCUCUGCUCCUGGUUUUCACGCUGCUCACACUUCUGGUUUGUACUCUUGCCAGCCCAGCUUCUCUCCUUCCUGAAAGGCCUUUUGUCACAGUCUGGAAUGCCCCCACCACACAGUGUUGGCAAAAGUAUGGGGUGGCUCUGGAUCUUGAUGCCUUUGAUAUUGUUGUUAAUGAGAACCAGUCAUUUGUGGGCAGUGAGAUGGUGAUCUUUUACAGUUCUCAACUAGGCCUCUACCCUAACUAUGAUGAUGAUGGGAAUCCUAUCAAUGGUGGCACACCCCAAAAUGCCAGCAUUACUGCACAUUUAAAGCAAACAUUGGCGGACUUGAAUGCUACAAUUGUAUCCCCAGACUUUAAGGGUGUAGUGGUUGUGGACUGGGAGAACUGGAGGCCUCUGUGGGAUCGAAACUGGGAUAAAAAGUCAAUCUACAGGGAACGUUCUCAAGACCUGGUAAGGCAGAGGCAUCCACGGUGGUCAGAAAAAGAGGUGAUGAGAGUUGCCAAGGAGGAAUUCGAGAAAGCUGCUCAGAUGUUUAUGGAAAGCACCUUGGAUUUGGGGCAUAAAUUACGGCCUGGUGGAUUGUGGGGCUUUUAUGGUUUUCCUUCCUGCUACAAUUAUGGCUACAAAAACUCAAGUCAGAAUUACACAGGAGAAUGUCCUCAGGUUGAGGUGGAGAGAAACAACCAGCUGCAGUGGAUGUGGAGGUCCAGUCGUGCUUUGUACCCAGACAUCUACCUGGAGCUGUUCCUGAGGAAGUCGCAAUAUGUCAGCCGAUAUGUAAGAUAUAGGUUAGAAGAAGCAUUCAGAGUGUCCACUGCGGGGCCUGAGGGAGAGAUCCCAGUCCUGCCCUAUACCCGUAUUGUCUACACCUACAGCAUGGACUUUCUGAAGCAGGAAGAUUUGAUUCAGACAAUCGGACAGAGUGCAGCACUGGGGGCUUCUGGUGUCAUUUUUUGGGGGAACUCAGACUACAGCUCCAGCAAGGAAGCCUGCCUUGCUGUGAAGUCCUACAUAGAUAAUACGCUGGGGAUGUAUGUUGUCAAUGUGACCAGCAGUGCCAUAUUGUGCAGCCAGGCCAUAUGUACUGGUAAUGGACGCUGUGUGCGGCGCGACCUCUCCUCUAACACCCAUCUCCAUCUAGACCCGAGCAGCUUCACCAUUAGGAAAAACCCACAAGGAAGAGGCUUCCUUCUGUCUGGACAAGCCACCAAGAUGGACACUCUUUAUAUGGCUAUCCACUUCCAGUGCCGCUGCUAUCCAGGUUGGAAGGGGGGAGACUGUUCACAGAGGAUGGUGCCCUAACCAAGGGACCAAACACUGUACAACACAUCAGGGGCCAUUUCUGCUGUUGUAGACAUAACCAAAAGAAGUAAAGUAGUACAUCAUGGUUAAAAUGAACUUUAUUAAAGCAACAGCACAUUUGAUAUAGCCUUCGGUAAGUAGGUAUCUCAAUACGAGUUGUGCCAUGAGGCUUUAUGAUGGACUGAUCUCAAGUUAAAUCAUAUUUUACACUCCCUUCACAUCCAGAGCUGCAUUCAUAAUGCUUCUUUUAUAACAUCAGAUGCAGAUUUUAGAUCAACCAAUCAAAUAAUAUGGAGCAGCAGUCAAAUGAAAAUCCCUAGCUUUUAAAUGGUAAUACUCAAAACUUGCACUCUAGUACUGCUUCUCUGAAAUAAUCACUUUCCAAUGUUAGAUGUAUGAAGUGGACUCAGGAGCUGAGCAUGCUCCAUACAUGGUGGCUGGGGGCUUUGUAUUACAGCCAACACCUGCUGCCAGUGUCUGAGAUAAGAGAUAGUGACUGCAGCAUCUAUAAGGUUAGUCAACAGCAGGUCUCUGUCUCUUUAAUUUUGCAAACUAACCCUGGUAACCAAGUCUUUUUGGACCUAGCGACUUGGUAUUUUGGACCAUUUGUCUGAGGGGAGGAAGUGUGGUUAUCUCCAUGCUGUGCCUCAGUGCAGUGAAUAAUUCAGCUUUCUCCAGUGUGAGCUGAACCCCUGUGAGAUCCAGACAGCUUGCAGUCUUUUCAGAAGAGGAGCAUUUCCAUGCACACUUCUUUCUUGUGUAUUUGCACCAUAUAGGUUCACAUGGCCGCAUUAGUUAUAAAAAGAUCAAAACAUAGAUCAAAAUGUAUUUUACAUAUAAAACGUGCAUGUUAUGUAUACAGGUCUUAGGGCACAUUACUACACUGACUUGAGCAGUGUUUUCAAAUUUUCUUACUAAUGACAGUAAUGCUUUACGAUGGUAGCUGGUGACCUAAAUAUAGCUGAAGGCAGGGUGUACUGAUGAAGCUGCAAACUCUAGGGAGGGGAAAAAAUGCUCCCCUCCCUAAAAAAAAAAUUGCAGAAUCUGCCGCAAUUUUCCCUAUUGAUAAACAGGACUUUUCUGACACAUUCUGUCAGAAGACUGAAUGGGUACUUCUGCAGGGAAUUCAAAUUUUUGUGCUGCUGUUGAACUUCCAAUGUGUAAACUGAGCACCAUAAAACUCACUGAAAUCAAACAGCAAUAGAGCUGAAAGAUCAAUUUAAAAAUUGAUGGCCUGUCCUCAGGAUAGGCCAUCUGUAUUAGUCUGUAUAUUAGUAUCUGUUUUUAUUAAUGGCUACUGCCUACAUUGCUGAUGGACUGGUACAUUAUCCUCUUAGUGACCAAGCCCAUUAAAGGGGUACUCUGGUGCUUACACUUCUUAUCCCCUAUCCACACCCCCUCCCUUAGGCUUGCAUUGAGGGGCAGAGCGUGACGUCACACGGGGGCGGGGGCGUGACGUCACACGCCGCCAGCCCUGCGGUCGAGCGUAAUCAUACCCGGAGCGAACACACUCCAGGGACUGAUUACAAACGGGGUGCCACGUGCAUGAUCGCGGGCGUCCCCAGCUGCGGGACUCCCGCGAUCAGGCAUCUUAUCCCCUAUCCUUUGGAUAGGGGAUAAGAUGUGUAAGCACCGGAGUACCCCUUUAAGGCCUUAAAUGGAAUCUGUCAUCAGUGUCACCCGCACUAACCUGUUGGGACAGGCGUGAGGCGUAUUAUGCGGGUGACACUGAUGAUGAUGAUACUUACCUACUGUGAUCCAGUUUGUCUGUUAUCUUUGUUAUUCCGGAGGCAGGCUCUGUGCACGGCAGGUGCACGCUGAUGUCACUGCUACCCCAAGCCUACUCGCAGCGGUGCCUAGCUGUAGGGCAGUGUAAUCUGCCUGCCAGCAGAACACCAGGUACCUAGACACACCUGGCAAUCCUGGGGCCCAUGGCUGCCAUAGAAAGCCUUGCUUCUUUCAUUUUUUAACAAGCCUUCUGCAUAAUGAAAGGAGCAAUCUGAUUGGUUGCUAUGGGCAACUGGGCAACUUUUCCUUUGCACAGGUUUUGAUAAAUCUCCCCCUAAGUUCUUUAUGAGGAAUUUAAACAGAUCCCGACAGAUGUCUGGCACGUUAUUCAUAGCAGACAUCUUGUUUAUUUUUUGCAACUGUGUUUACUGUCCACAUUGUUUGUCACACGAUCUUUCAGGGUGCAAUGCCCAUUUGGGAAAUCCCUCCUGGCAGUCUAGAGGAGGCGUGUGGCCAAUAGUGUUCACACAUGAUUAAUAUGGCAUUUAUACAUACCACAUAUAAACUUUAAAACAGUAUUAAAUACAUUAUUUGAACGAAAGGGGUGAUCCAGUGUUUAAAAAAAAAAAAAA